AUGAAUAUCUUUGAACUCUCUACUGCUACCUGCCCAACAACUCCCCUUUCUCCCGAGGAAGCUGAGCUCCUCUGGCCUGGAGCUGGCACUACCAUGGAAUUUGUUGGCGGGCGAUACAAUAACUCCCGCAAGGAUCCCGAUUUUUUUCUGCGCGCAGAUGACGACAAUCUUCCAAGAUUUGUUAUAGAGAGUGGGUGGAGCGAGAGUUGGACUCGUCUGCUACACGCCACGAAUUUAUGGCUUGUAGGAGGCAAUGGGAAAGUCCGCGCUGUCUUAGUGGGCGAAAGUUGGCGCAUCAAACGCGAGCCGCCGCAGGGUACACAGCAGCAAGUCACUUUGCCCCGCCGUGUACUUUUUGGUCCACACAUCCUCCAGGGACAAGAUCCCAACUUCGGGAUUUCCCUAGGCAUCAGAUCGCUACGAAGAAUCGCAACACGAGCGCUGAGAUUCGAGGGGCUAGUCCCCGACUAG